AUGGCGAAAAAAAUCAAAUUUAGCAGUGCUCCAAAUAAAAAGAAGAAAAUUAAUUAUGAUGAUUUGUUAGAAGAUUUUAGUCCUAUAAAAGUUGGAAAAAUAUUUCCCACAAAUGCAGAUAAACCACCAGUUACUCUUGAGAGCUUCAGACCAAAGAAGAAUACUUGUUUGGACUAUAAUCUCUCUGAAACCUACUUGAGAUGGCAAGUAGGCGAUACAAAAAUCAGAGCUUCAAGAAUUAGAGCAGAUUAUGUACCAGCUCCCCCGGGCUAUUUUUCGGAUAAGCCCAAAUAUGGAAGCACGUACUUUAGCGGUAGACCUCCGGUGUGGAAAUUUUUAGAUGAAAUAGAAAAAGAAAAAAUUGAAAAGAGGCAAUUGAAAAAUAAAGCGAAAUUUGCGGAAUACCUCAAAAAGAGCAACGCUGGGGAUCGAUAUAUGCAUCGGUUAAUUACAUCUUGGGCUGGUCCUGUGUGGUUUCAAGAAUUAUCUCCAACACAAAAAAGAACCGUUGAUCGAUUACAGGAAUGUAUAUUGAAAGAUCUCAAAAGGAAAACUAUCCAAAACGUAAAAGAAAACAUGGUGGAAUUGGGUAUAUAUUUCCCCCCCAAAAAUAAAGCUUUAAAAAUGGCUCUAGACUAUUGUUGUGGAAAUGACGUGGAAUUCUUGCUUAUCUUAUAUCAAGUUUCUAAUCCUAAAAGGACUAAUUAUUCUAUUAAUGACAGAUUGCUUUUAUCAGCUGUGGUUCAUUUAACUAUUGAAGAAACUUUGCGAGAAUGCCACAUAAGAAUGCCGUCACCUCCCCGAAAAGAAUCGAGUGCUUGUAAAAGUCUCCAGUGCAAAGGAGUAAAACACCCGAAGAAAAAUUACUGUGCGACCUCUCGACCACGUAAAGUAGAAUACGAGUCACCAUAUUUAAUUCCUUAUACUUUUAAGCCCGAUCCACCUAAAUUUAGUGGAAAAUACGAGAAUACGUAUGUUCAAUAUCCAAAAAGUGAAUAUUUCAGUUAUUUGGACGAGUUGAGAGAAGAAAUGAGAAACAGUGAAAGCGUGAUUCAAAUAGAUAUUUCUGAAAUUAAUGAUCCGAUUGAGCAAGAAUUCAUAAAAGAGAUGCAAGAAGCAGAGAAAAUGUACAAUAAGUUACCACACAAAUCCUGGAAAUGCUUAUUGCGUCCCUCAAUAAAAAUCCGUUGUAUGGAUUUUAUAAACAGACCGGGAGCUAUAAGAAAAGUAGAUUUACCACCUCUAUGUGCUGUUGAAAUUUUGCCGAGAUGUACCUGUUUGGAUAAAGAAUCUACAGAUUCGGAAUGUUGUACGGAUUUCUUCAAAUGCGAAUGUAAUAGGGAUACGAGGAACAAAUGUAUAUGUAAAGAAUACGCGAAGAACUACUUAAAAUAUUCUUGUAAAAGAUGUCAAUUUCUGCAAAAAGAAAGCAGCAAUAAUAUAGUAGGCGGUAUGGUAGAAUAUGAGGGAAACGCUGUUCCCAUUAUUCAAGGAAUAUUCAAAGAAAAAGAAUGUGAUUGUUUGCAAAGGUUCAAAACCCAACUAGAAGCUGUAUCGACAGGUAAUAAAAUGAGUUGCAAUGCAGAGAAAUUCACUAUUGGUGGCGUGGCCUUUACCAAAUCAGGACCUGCAUAUAUAAUAAAUUCUAAAUUUACCAAUCAAAAUAUAGCAGAUCAGAUUGUUGAUCAAAAAGAGGAAUCAGCAAAAAAAGACGUUUGCACGUGUAAUUUGCCGAAAGGAGGACUUUCUGAGAAGUGCUUUAUGGAUGAUUUUGUUAAAAAAGACGAAGAUGAAGAAGUAGAAGAAAAACAGAGUAUCAUUAUGCCUUGGGAAACGGCUAAAUGUACGUGUAGCAAAGGUCUGAAAGACUUCAUGGACGAACAAUGUACUUGUCCAGAUUGUUUAGAAAAUACUCGACCUAGAAACGCGACGUACGUUGUAUCUGGGGUUUCUAGUAUAAUGAAUAAUGAAGGCGAACUUGAAAAUAUCAUUAAUAUUAGCGGAGUUCGUCAAGAGAGAUGUAAUUGUCUUCAUAACUUUAAAGACAAAAUCAAGAAACUGGAGGAAUAUAGACAAAGGACUAAAGCAAGACUUCAAAUGAAAACGCGAGAAAAUAAGUAUUCCAUUGGGGGCGUUGCAAUGGGUCAGUCCGGUCCAGUUUAUAAUAUUCAAGGAGUUACACAACCAAUAACUUGUACUUGUCUUGAAGAUCAUAACAAAGCUGAGGAAGAGGCUAAAAAACGCAUGCCUCAGAUUCCUAAUAUGGGUCGAAUUAAAUAUGGAAUAUCUGGAGUUGCUGUUAAAGAAGAAAAAAAUUUUUAUAAUAUCAGUCAUACGUUACCGAUAAAACCAUGCUCCUGUGAGAAACUUUUUGACAAUUACGAGAGUGAACACACCGACUGUAUAAAGAGUUAUCAGGAUUAUCUGAAAACGACAGAAGAGCAAAUAAAAAGUCAACAAGAAGAAAUUUAUGAAAGUGAUGAGAGUAUGGAUGCUUCAAAAGGAACGGAUCCAGAAGAAAUUUUAGAUGAUACAGGUUAUGAAGAAAAUAUUGAAGAGGAAGAAGAUCAUCAUGAUAUUCCUAAUUACACGGCGUGUUUUUGUGCACCACCUAGACUAGGCAACCAAGAAAUUUCUCCUUGUCAAAAGAAGAAUGAAAAUAUGUAUGAAACAAAAAUAGGUUGUAAAGUAGAAUUAAAUUAUAGAUCACCAAAAAAGCACCAAAACCGAGUGCAAGAAAAUGUUGAUUCAAGUCGUUGUCAAAGCACUGCGCUAAAAAGUAUGUGUUGCUCAUGUCAACAGAGUGAAGAAGCCACUUUUGCUAUGUAUGAUCAACAAGAAAAUCAAAAUGGUUGUAGGUGCCAGGAGAGUGAUGCAACUGGAAAAUGUGAGUGUCAAAAGAAUAAAGAAAACGAGAAACGGAGUAGCUGUCAAAAUGAGAUAGAAGAGGUAAUAGUUGAUCAUCAUUACGAAGACAUUGAUUGUGAUAAGGAUAAUGAAGAAGAAAAUGAUUUUAAUUUGACUGAAAGUGGUGCAGAAGAGGAAGAAGAGGAGGCUUACGAGAACUGUGAAAUGGAUGAAGAAAUUCAGUACGAUACAAACGAGGAAUUUCAAGACACAGAUUAUAAAAGGUUUUUUAUAAUGAAGAAAAUACCAUGUAAGAAAAAAGACCAGAUCGAAAUAUUGAAGAAACUCUUGAAAAGUCUAGAAUUAGAUGGGUAUCCACUUGCAAAGUUACCGCAGUGUUAUAAAUUACCUAUUUUCCAAUUGUGGAUGUACCUUAGAUGCGGCAAAAGCUGGAAACAACAUGAAAGACGGCGUCUCAAUGGAGUAUCAAAAAAAUGUCUGACACAUACAUCGCGAUGUUACCCAAAAAUUAGUAUCCCAAGGUUGAAUAUUUCGCCAAAAUUAUUGGACAAGUUAAAUUGGAAUCAUUUUGAAUUUAUUAGAAAUAUGACUACAAAAUUAGAAUUCAACUUUCGACGUCAAAUAAAAUAUGAGAGAAUAAACAGUGCCCGUGAAUACUUUCCUAUAUUAUUUGAUUAUUGGUUUCCUUUUUGGACAUUCCGAGAUUGCUAUUUUGCUUACAUGCCAGCUAAAGAAAAUGACAUUUACGUUGGAAACUUUAAAAGAAAUCAAACGAGUAUAAUCAAGUAUAGAGAUAUGAGUUGUUUUACUUAUAACAAACAAUAAAAAUACAAAUGAAUUUGUGUUUUUUUUUAUGGAUAUGGAUUAAAACUCUCCAGUACUUAUACUAAAGGAAUAUUUAUAUUUGAUGUACAG